CACCUUGUGGACCUCAUGCCCGUCGGGAUGGCUCGUCGCUCGGCGGUGAGCCUGGUGGGACUCGGGGCUCGGACCGUCGGGCAGCUGCUGUCCGGAGGCUCCGCUCGGCUCCUCCGCACCUCAGCCGCCAACCCUUCACCCUCACCCGGGUUCAAGCCGGAGAAAGUGGCGGUGGUGACGAAGACCACCCGGUACGAGUUCGAGCAGCAGCGGUACCAGUACGCGGGUCUGUCCGAGGAGGACCUGACACAGCUGCUGGCGAUGAAGGGCUCCAGCUACACUGGUCUGCAGGAGAGACACAACAUCCACACCAACAACGUGGAGCACAUUGUGAAGAGCCUCCGGAAGGAAGGAAUGGACGUCCGGGUGGUGAAGAGAGGAGAGUACGACGAGGAGGUCGUCCGAUGGGCCGACGCCAUCAUCUCGGCCGGAGGUGAUGGGACAAUGCUACUGGUGGCCAGUAAGGUUCUGAGCAAGAACAAACCAGUGGUGGGAGUGAACACUGACCCUGAGAGGUCAGAAGGUCACCUGUGUCUGCCGGUCCGUUUCACUCGGGCCUUCCCAGAGGCUCUGGAGAAACUCUGUCGUGGUGAGUUCAGGUGGCUCUGGCGUCAGAGGAUUCGUGUGCACUUGGAAGGAACGGGAAUCAACCCCACGCCGCUGGAUCUGCACGAGCAGCAGCUGAGCCUGGAGCAGCACAGCCGAGCCCACCGCAUCGCCAUGGACGGACAGCACAUUUUCUCAGAGACAGGGUCGCUGCACCAGAGCUCCUCCAAGCCCAGUCUCCUCCCCAUCAGGAGCCUGAACGAGAUCUUCAUUGGAGAGUCUCUGUCCUCCAGGUCGAAGUUAAAACCCGUCAAACACCGUGUUAACCUCUUGCUCCAUAGGGCUUCCUACUAUGAGAUCUCUGUGGACGACGGCCCGUGGGAGAAGCAGAAGAGCUCCGGCCUCAGCAUCUGCACAGGAACCGGAUCCAAAGCCUGGUCGUACAACAUCAACAAACUGACUGAACAGGCUGUGGAGGAGCUGUUAACGAUCGGAAAGUCUCUCUCAGGUCUCGAUAUCCCACUUAAUCGAGAAUUCGUGGAAAAGGUCACUGACGGAUACAACGAGUCGCUGGUGUUCGGGCCGGACGACAGACGCUUGUUCUACAGCAUCAGGGAGCCCAUCGUCAACCGGGUGUUCUCCAGCAGCCGGCAGAGAGGCUUCGCUCACAAGGUGUGCGUCCGCUCUCGCUGCUGGGACGCCUGCAUGGUCGUGGACGGAGGGACAUCGUUCGAGUUCAAUGACGGCGCCAUCGCUACAAUCAGCAUGAGUGAGGAAGACCAGCUCCGGACCGUGGUUCUGGAAAACUGAGCCGUGUUAGAACAGGUGACGCCUGGCCACCAGGUCAAAGGUCAAAGGGAAGAAGCGGGUUUUAGCUUUUAGCUCCACACGUGUUUCUAUUUUUAUACCUGACGAAAAGGUAUCAAUGUUUCUAAUGUGUGAUUUGGGCUUUUUCUCCAGAUCAGAUAAAUUGAAAUCGUUUUUUCCUCCUUAAGAUUUAAUAAAUUCAUCCCAACAUCAGGAUGUAAUCAUCGAUGAUUCAUCGUGCAGAGACGAGCGGCUUGUUCACAAAUUACUAAACUAUGAUCUGUUCAAAGACUCAGAGAUGAAAGAGGACGAGCAGCAGAGACGUGAAGACGCUGAUCUGAGACCAUCCAGCGUCUCCUCCUGAAAACAGAUCUUUAGAAAGAACUCGCAAACACUGAACAGGAGUUUUUGAUGCCGAUAUUGAUUAUUUUAUCUUACAAGAUUUUUUCUUCAAACCAAAUAGAAAAUAGAAAAUAUCAUUUAGGUAAAAUACGAACAGAAUGUAAAAUAUGAUAUUGACAAACGUGGACACUGACGUCUGUGGAAGAAUCAUCGGAUAAAUAACAGAAUAAUUUCCUUAAUAGAUCCCAUAUUUUCCAAUAUCAGUAUUUUGACGAGUUGGAAAUGGUGAAUUUCUUUGGGACCAUUUCCUCCAGCGGAUGAAUCCACAUCACUUAGUUUUUACCAGAGGAGAAAGAUCAGAAGAAUUAUGUGAAGUGAGCACAGUGGUUGAUUGUUAAGUUUGUUAUUGACCUAAGAUAUUUUUGGAAUAAAGGGUUUAUAGGAUUUAUAUUUUAUAGCUGUGGGUGCUGAAAAGAAAAAGCAUUAAAUGCACUAAAAACUGAGUUUGGGGCCUUUUUCUACAUUUAGGUCAAAAGUUUGUUUUGAAAACUUCAAACUAGAAAAAAAGAUUUUGGGAAUGUUCCUGAGCAAACACUUCUGAACGUGAAGACACUAAAGAGUUUGAGUUGUUUGAAGCUGUCAUGUCACUGAUGCAUCUUGUGACACGUGCGGUCGACUCCUGUGUCUUGAACAAAAUGAUCAUUAAAUUGUUAAAUGCAUCGUGUGUCAUUCUGUUUAUCAGA